GGCCGGCUGCGAGGCUCCGAGGCUCCGACGAGACAGCGGGAGCGGCGAUAGCGACGAGAACGUUUGCUCCGGGUUGUACUGCCAUUUCAGCCCUCGCACGGAAAGCGGUCCUCCCUCCCCUGCCGCGUAGCCCCGCGCCGUGGGCGCAGCGAUGCUGGUGCUGGUGCUGUGCGCCGCCGUGCUGGCGGGAGGCCGGGCCCAGGACGACGACUGGAUCGACCCCACCGAUAUGCUUAACUACGACGCGGCGUCGGGAACGAUGAGAAGGCCUUACAAGGUAAACUAUCAUGAUUCUGAGGAUAAGACAGUGGAUGGAAUCAUCAAUGAAAACUUAUCAAGUUGUUCCAGGGAAGUGGAUUCUUUGCAGCGGAAGAUUGCAGAAUGUGAGAACAGGAAUGCCAAAUCUCGUGAAAGCCGGAGCUUUUAUAUUUUCAAGCGGUACUUGAAUAAGAUUUUAAAUGAAGCUAGGAAACUUGGCCUUCCCGAGGGAAACAUGGACCAAGUGCAUUAUGAUGCUGAGAUUAUCCUCACAAAACAGACACAUCUGGAGAUCCUCCGGUUCCUGCAGGAGGAAGCGUGGCAGCCAGGUGCUGUGGAUGAUGCACUUAGCAAUAUUUUGAUCAAUUUUAAGCACCACGAUUAUAAAGCUUGGCACUGGAGAUUUGAAGACACUUUUGGAAUUGAUCUGUAUAACGUGUUUAUGAUACUCUUGUGCUUAGUGUGUGUUGUCAUUAUAAUAGCUACAGAGCUGUGGACACGUAUCCACUGGUUUGUUCAGCUGAAACGUGUUUUAUUAAUAAGUUUUCUCAUCAGUUUUGCAUGGAAUUGGCUUUACUUAUAUAAGCGGGCUUUUGCACAGCAUCAAGCAGAAAUUGCCAAAAUGGGGCAGUUUGAUAACAUUUGUGCUGAGAAGUUGGACUGGAGAGAGAGCCUUAUUGGAUGGCUCAGAAGACAGUGGACAUUUCAGGAUGAUCCAUGUCAGAAAUACUACGAAACUUUGCUAGUAAACCCUGUUCUGCUGGUUCCACCAACAAAGGCAUUGGCUAUUACUUUUACCACCUUUGUGACUGAGCCUUUGAAGCAUGUGGGACAAGGUAUUGGUGAAUUCAUCAGAGCGCUUAUGAAGGAGAUACCACUGAUUCUGCAGGUUCCAGUGCUAAUCAUGAUGGCUCUGCUCAUUCUGGCUUUCUGCUAUGGUGCAGCAUCAUCACUGUCUGCAAUAAGAUAUUUAAUGCCUUCUCAGAAGAAGAGGCUUCCUCUACCUGACGGUCAGCAGGAGGAAAUAGACUUCAGUCAGUAUGAUGGGAGUAAAUCCGAUGGCUGCUAUUCACAGAAGACUCCUAGCAUUUACAGAGGCCACUACAGCAGAGGAGAUGUUCAGAUGAGACCUGGAAAUAGCAGCAGCAGUCUUGAUGUGCUGCAUGCGAGUGGAGAGCCAGAUACACGAGUAGAGGAGUCUCAAAAACCAGAAGCUGGUAAUAGAUUUCACCCUGAGGCUGAAAUUCGUAGAUUAGAACCUUCUCCAGCUGCAACCCAUACCGGAGAAAAGGCACUUGAGCAUCAGAAGCAGUGGACAGAUAAAGCAGAGGAAGAGACUGCAAAAAGUAGUGAUCCUAACAGAAACGAGGAAGAACAAAGUUGUGCAGUGGGACCUGAAGAGAGGAAGAGCAGCACGUGCGAGUCACAGGAAGGAGACUGAGGAGUCCCCACACCCUGUGGUGGAGUAGAGGACGUUGCUACUGAAGCAGCUGAGAAUCUGUUCUUCUCCUGGAAGUGGCAUCUCUGAUCAUCCAUCCUGUUACUCUGGAAUCGGCUCAGCAGAUCAAAGAACCCUUCAUCUGCCACUGUUUCUCGACUGUUUCUCUGAAGAGGAAAGAAAAGUUAGAGGUACUUGGAACUCAGAAGUACCUAAAAACUAGGGCGACUGCAGGGCAGUUUGAUUCCAGUAAUAUAUUUGCAUAUCUGAAAUUCAUUAAACUAAUUUUUUUUAGUCAUCCAUUCUUGUAGACAGAGAUUUAUCCAAAGAAGCAACAUUUAUAAUAUGACAAACAGUUCUGGAAGGUAAAAUCUAGUAAAGAGAUUUUGUUCUCAGAAAGAAAUAGUACACUGAUUAGUAUAAGCCCACCAAAAACCCCAGAGCCCAUAGGCCAUGAAAUUUCCAUUUGCUCCUUAGCUCUGUGUUGAAAAGCACUCUUCUCCCUGCGAGAUCAAAUGACUCUGUUGUUUUCUUUUUAAUCAACUUCCAUGAAUAGUGCAGUAAUCUAAAACAUACAUUUAAUUAUACCUUCCAGUGUCUGAAUCCAAAAAACUACGUUUUUCAGAUUAGAAGAAGCAGGGUAGAAAGGCUAGAAAUAAAAUAUAUGCAAGUUAUUUUAGACAGUCCAUUAGGAAAAUGUAGUAGUCCCAAUGGUAGGAGAGACUUACAGCUGUCACCACCCAGGAGACAGAAGGAGAACGGCUGACUCUACAUCAACUUACAGCGUUUAACUCAAAUAUAUAAGUAGAACUAAAAAUGUUAUCUGCACAAACAAGUUUUCCUUAGUUUUGGUCAAAUCAAGAUUAUAUGAAAUCAAGGUUAUGAUCUGAGAGGACUCCAAACCUACCCUCUGAGAGUUGGGAAGGCGGUGGUCAAUAGAAUUACUGGCAUCCUGCAGAACUUUGGAAGUGGUGCCAUUUUUAUACUUUUUGCCUUUGAGUCGAUUUACAAAAUGCAAUUUUGCUGAAGGUUUGGCAAUGAGUGGUUUCUGUUUAGCAAGAAUCUCACUGUUCCAGUUCUGAACCUAAAAAAAGAAACCAAAACAUUUUCAUCAUAUAUUGUUUUAUUUCUUAUUUGUGUAUUUAUUCUUUUCAUCCCUAAAAUGAAGCAGCUUUAUGCUUUUCAUUUUAUCCAGCCACUCAGACAUAAACCUCAGUUUUGCUUCUGUUACUUGACCUGUGAUUAUUGAGAUUUUGUUACCUGAAUCAGGCCACUACUGCUACUGAUCAGUCUUAUAACUGAACCAUCAUGCAAUGACUGAUUUGACUAAAAUGUGCUCAUGGCCUGUGUAAUCAAACAUGCUGAUGUUUUCAUUGCUGAGGGCCACAGAGAAACUGUAGAAAGAAUGGAGAAAAUGCCAGCAUGAGAGCAAACAGGAUUAACUAUCAUUCACUGAAAACAGUAGGGAAAACAGUCUGACAGAGUUCCCCUAAAUACUCUUCUAAAAUAAGUGCCCCAAAAAUCUGAUAACUUCCUCUACAAUAGCAAACUGUUCUAAUUGGAAAAAAAUAAAAGUUCUUGACCCUGCAUCAGAGCCUGUAGCCACAAUCCAGUCUUUCAGCAAAACAGAAUUCAUUCUAAAGCCUGAGGGAUCAACCCACGUUCCAGCUCCAAGAUGACAGUAUCCUGUACAGUCAAAUAAUGCUACUGUUCAUCAUGUUGUUCUACACUCCCUUACUUAGGGAGUAAACUUCAGAACCUACUACAUGAAUGUCUUGAAAAGAGCCCUUUAUAAGAACUAAGCCACAAAACUAGGUUAAUACUUGAUUAUAAAAAUCCACAUGAAGCAUUUGAGUAUAUUUAGGGCAGACAAUCACAGGCUACGUCUUUUGAAAGAUACCACAGACAAACGCAUUCAGAGAAUAAGAAAAUGGGGCUGAUACUGCCAAAAGCUUAAUGGUUCCCUGCAGGGAAAUCCAUUUGCAAUAAAACCCAGGAUCUUUAGAAAUUAGUAUCCAGAGCAGUGCUGAAAGCAACAGUGCUGCUGCAUCUGCACCAGCUGUCACCGUGUAAGCUUAGAGAUUUCAUUUUGUAUUUCUAAUCAUGGCAGAAUGCUUUGGAUCACUUGAAAACAUGGGCAGCAGAUACCCCAAUAUGCAGGAAAAAAAUAGCAUCAGCUUGCCUUUAGAAUCAUUUGUAUAGAAUUCCAAAGAGACUUCUCCUUGAAGACUGAGCUAAAGCUUUGGAGUUCUGUUCUGAAUCACUUUCUGCAUUCUGUUCUGAAUCAUUUCUAACAUUAAACUCCUACAAAAACCUUUAGAUUUCA